GAUCUAUGGUUUUGUUUUUGUUUGGGAUUUAUGUUUAGAAAAUAGUAGUUAUUUUUUAUUUAAAUUAAUUUAAAAUGGUUUAUAUUCAUUUCCCUGCAAAUUUUACUGAAGAAGAGUUAAUGCUUCAAGCUAAAUAUGCGAAAUUAAAGAAAAAGAAAAAGGCUUUAGUAGCAUUAAAGACUCCAAAACCUGAACCUGAAAAGCCCAUUCUUCCGAAAAGACCGGCAGAAGCUCGUGAUGCAAGGGAGAUUGCGAAAAAAUUGAUAAGAUCAGGUGCAAUUUCUGCAAUAACGAAACAAGCAAAACAACCAGAGCAAGGAUUUAAACGACCCAGAGGUUUAGAACGUAAAUUAAUCUCGGACAAGAUUGUGAGCGGAUACCAGCCUUUUUCAGCGAUACAAAUGGAAGAUGGACCUGAUAAUCCUGAAAAUAAGCCCCCUCGCAUUAAAAACUUAUAUGAUAACUUUGCAAACGGAAGGGACAGAGAAGAGAGAAGUGUAGUUGAAAAGCCCAAAGAAAAACCCGAGAAACCCAGGACAGGAAAUACCAUUUAUGUAUCUGGUUACAAAAUAACAGAGGAGUUUUUGAAGAAGCAUUUUUCAACGAUCGGAAACAUUAUUAAUAUAUCUAUGGAAAUUGAGAAAAAUCGUGGAUUUGUAACGUUUGAUAAAACUGAAGCAGCAGACAGAGCUAUUGCAGAGAUGGACGGAAGUAUGGUAUCAGGAAUACAACUUCAAGUGUCCCUGGCCAGGAGACAGCCCCAGAUUGAACCCACGGGAGAAUCAACUUCAUCAGUAGCCUGGUCUACUUUAGCUUCUACACAUUCACAAAAAGGAAAUCACAGAGACAAGAGGGACCUAGUUUCAUACGAGGAUAUGUUUGACGAGUAGUAAACAAAAAGCAUAAAUUCGAACUUAUAAUAUAGUUUAACUUUUCAACUGAGAAAACAUUACAGAAAUAGUAAAUAAACAGUACAUUAUGUG